UUAGUAUCUCAAUUGAAUAUCAUGGAUCCAUCCAUCACACCCACCCUCACCACACCGCCUCCCUUCACACCACCUCCCUUCACCACACCACCUACCUUCAUCACAUCACCUACCUUCACCACAACACCUAGCAUCACCACAACCAACCUCCCAAUAUCCCACAAUGUACUAGGCAUUACUUCAAGCGACUCGAGAUUUCAGCUGGUCAACUCGCUCUACGGUCCCGGAACGGUUGGAUGUUGGCUAAUGAUAAUAUGCUCCGUUAUCAUCUCAUGGACACUCAAUCCACGCCAAAGAAAAAUCGAUCAUAUCACCAAUGAUUUCAUUGCGAGCCUAACAUUUCCAUGCAUCGCGUCCGCGCACCUAGCCUUUCUGCUACACCAGCUUCUUGUGCCACUUUUGGAAGUCCUCACAUCCCCGGACUUAGAAAUGCUUCAACAGGCUGCUGCUAUUGAAGCGCCGCUCAACAUCUGCGAAACUUUUUCGAUGCUCGCUCUGUUGCUAUUUGCAAUUGCGGCUUGGCGGCUACAAGUCAAACGAGCGGUGCUAAUCUUGAUUGUUGGAGUGCUGAGUUGGAACAUGGUGAAUAGUGUGUUUUUCGAAAGCCAGGCCAAGAACACUGAGCGACGGCCGCUGAGCUUAGAUGAGGGGUCGAUAAGCCAUGAAGCUGUAAUAGCAUUUGGCUGGAUCAUCUUGUGCAUGAUGCUUUUACCUAUCAUUCUUCUUAUUGCUCUCACUGGAACUUGUAUCAUACUUUGGCUAAAGCCCACAGCCGUCAUUAGCGCCUUGUCCACACCCGUCGCCGUUUUGGUAGCGUUUCUUGUGACAAGUGGCCUUCUGGCGGAUGAAGGACCUAUUUUUACAUCUCGACCAUUCUUCAUUCCAAGGACGGGCGUGAGUAUGCAAGCCUUGACCAAAUAGUUGCAAUGUGCGGCGGCGGUAUUACACUUCUCUUUAGCCUUUUGGAGGCGUUCAAAGAAGAUUAUGAUUCAAGGACAAAUCAAGAGGAAAAUCUAGAAGGGGACUUUGUUCAACUAGUGGGUCUGCGUCAUGGGACUAGUUUAGGACAGCAUGUUCUGGCCUAGAGAAGGAGUUUAAUUUAGUUGGUUAUAUUUAUAGCACUAGGGGCGCUAGCAGAAAGCUAUUGGAACCCUCUUUACAUCUUUAUUUGUCAUUCCUUCAUCUGUUAUUAUUUCAUUCAUGAGAUUACAAGUUCUUUAAGAGCUCGCCCUUAGCUAUAAAGCUAUACUUUAUUACGGAACUAAGAAGAUAUCUUAGUAAUAACUAGCUAUUAUACUAAUUCUGGG